AUGGAGCCUUUUUCUGACCAGAUUGUGAUGUUCAUGCUGGUGGCAAGUGUGGAGGAUGAACAGGCUGUGGAACAUCAGGAUCGUGGUCAGCAAAUGUCUGUAUUGGGUGAGUCAGUGCGUGCUUCAUUUCCACAUCCACGCCAGUAUUGCACUAGGCGUGUACUGAAGGAUCUCUCAGAGUUCGAUGUGAUACAAAAUAAUCGCUUAUCGGCUUGUGAAAUGUAUUCGCUGUACGAUCUGUUGGAGGCCGACCUGGAUCCUCAGGCACGGACCAAUCAUGCAGUCAUUGGUUUCCAGAAAUUGCUGGCUACAUUACAUUUUUUGGCGUCAGGCACAUUCCAGCCUACUUUGUCUCAAACAUGCGUUUUUUCACAGCCGACACUGUCACGCUGUAUAACCCAGGUCAUUAAGGCAUUCCGCAAAUUAACAACCCAGUUCAUCAGAUUUCCAGAUACGGACAGCGGAUGGCAUGAGAUCAAAUUAGGCUUUUACAAUGAAUUUCAAUUUCCCAACAUUCUGGGCGCGAUUGACUGUAGUCACGUGCACAUCAGGCCUCCACAGAAUUCAGAAGAAAGUUUUCAGAACCAAAAAUGCUUCCAUUCCAUGAAUAUUCAGGCGGUCUGUGAUGCCGAUAUGAAAUUUACGAAUCUUUUUGUGGGAUUUCCUGGGUCAUCUCACGACUCCUUCAUCCUAAACCAGUCAUCGCUGUUUCAGGAUUUUGAGACAGGAAAUAUGCUGGGUGGCUGCCUGUUAGGCGAUGCGGGUUAUCCCAAAAAACCUUGGCUCUUGACCCCAUUGUCUACUACUGUCGCUGAAGCCCAAGAAGGCUACCAAGAUACACACAUUGCAUCGCUUGGAGUUUGCGGCAUAGUAAAUGCAUGUUGUAUUCUACACAACAUAUGUGUCGCAAACCGUUUGCCGGUGACUCUUCGUCGCAGGGCUUUCCGCAAUGAGAACCAUUCUUCUGCUCCAUCGGUGGGUAUGGAUGAAGGAGAUGAAGCUCGAAGAAUUUUGAUCGAGACGUAUCUUUCCUCAGCCUGUCCUAUGGAGUAG